GAGUCUGCUAACCUCGGGAAGACAAGAGCCGAUACGAGGGCAGAAAAGUGGAUGUUUGGAUGCGAGGCAAGUUGUCCCACGGCCAGAAAUGUGUUCAGUUUAAGACGUCUCUGUCAUAUCGUGGAGUUAUACGAGGACUGGAAACUGGGAGAGCGAUACAAUGGGAUGUCUGCUGCAUAGAUAACAAGGACCUGCUUACUGGUGUUUGGGGAGCUUGUCCGGGAGAAGUGGAUCAACCAUGGAUUUGGACGAGUUUCCUCCCCCACCUCCUGAAAUGCUGGCAGACAAUGUCCCCUUUGAUGAGGAAGAUCAAGGAGAACCUUUCGACUUUGACAGUGGUGAUGACGUCCCUGAGGUGCCUCCAGUGCCCCCGUUACUCCCUAGUGAGGAUUCAAGCCAGGAUAACUCUUUGACCAGUCAUCCUGAGGGCUCUCACGGCAUCCUGGACCCUCCAGCACAGUUCUCCAACUCAGCACCAUCAUCUGUAGACGCAGCAGUUGUUACAAGCAAACCCUUCUCAGCAGGCAGAGAAACGACAGAAGCUAAAGAGACAUCUGCUACUGAAGAAACUAAUGACAGGGAAGAAGAUUUACCACCACCACCGUCUCCACCCCAUCCUGUUGGUUAUGGCACACAGACAGAUCCCAGUAGCACAGACGCUGAAGAAAUAAGUGCAUCUCUGAAUGACCCACCCCCUUCACAGGCUUUGCCCAGGACUUCCUCUCAGAAUAAAGUCAACCCUUACUCUGUAAUUGAGAUCACUCCUGUCCAGCUAGAGCAGCAACAUGGACCCUCCUCCUCCACUUCCUCACCAACGGAGUCCAAAGUAGGAGAGGAAGAGGUCCAGGAUAUCCACACCGGCUCGCCCGGCAUUACUUCAGGAUACUCUGUGCCGGUGCCGUGCGGCUAUGCAACCCCCUCUGGUGUACCGCUCAUCACACCUGCCUACACCACACCUGUCAUCAUUCGACAUCUCUCCAUGGAUGAAGAUGUGACAGUGGUAGGGACCAGCAACACCUCUGCUGACAGUGUUUUCAGUGAAGAGUAUCCACCUAUUGCAGAGGAAGAUGCUUUGGCUAAAUGGGCAUCAGAUCCUGCCAACACUGCUUGGAUGGAAAACCCAGAUGAGGUGAUCUACGACGAUGUCCCCAGAGAGAACUCUGACUCUAACACAGAUCCAGAUGAAAUGAUCUAUGAUGAUGUGGAGCUCGGCGAGGAGGGCGGCUGCAGCAGCUCCUUCGAUAACGGCUGGAGCUCGAGCGAGUUUGAAAGCUACGACGAGGCCAGCGAUGGGGAGGGUCGUCCUGAGAAUGGCCUUCCCAACGCCUUCAUGAGAGGAAAGCCGCCGCAGAGGAAAACCCAUCUCUCUCAAGAUCUGACACGCUUGAAAGAACACUAUGAGAAAAAGGUGAAAGGUCUAAUGGCAAGUACAGUGGGAACGGUAGAGCUGCAGCAGUUAAAACAGAAACACGAGCAGAAGAUGCAAAAGCUAGUGAAGGCGGCCAAGGAGGGGACGAAAGACGGGCUUGAGAAAACUAAAGCAGCGGUGAAGAGGGGACGUUCCUUCAUCAAGACAAAGUCAUUCUGUCAAGAGAGAAAGUCAGCUUGCUUAGAGGAUGAGUCUGAGGUCUUCAUCGAAGUGGACUGCUUCAACGUUGAGCCUAUGCUCUCUCCAACACCAGAGGGUCUCAGUCAGCAGCAGCUUGUGCGAAGAUGUAUAUUGGGCUCUAUUUUAGAAAGUGAGAAGAACUACCUGGAUGCUCUGAAAAGGAUUUUAGAGCAAUACGAGAAACCCCUUUCCCAGGUUGAGCCCAGGCUGCUCAGCGACAGGAAGCUGAAGAUUAUCUUUUAUCGUGUGCGGGAGAUCCUGCAGUGCCACUUCCUGUUCCAGAUUGCACUGGCGAGCCGUGUGUCUGAGUGGGACAGCCUGGAGAUGAUUGGGGAUGUUUUUGUGGCAUCGUUUUCUAAAUCCAUGGUGCUGGAUGCCUACAGCGCGUACGUCAACAACUUCAGCACAGCGAUGGCCGUUGUAAGGAAGACGUGUGCCUCUAAACCAGGCUUUCUGGAAUUCCUCAAGCAUCGUCAAGAAACCAGCGGUGAUCGCAUGACUCUUUAUGGCCUGAUGAUGAAACCCAUUCAGAGGUUCCCACAGUUCAUUUUGCUUCUUCAGGACAUGCUAAAGAACACGCCGGUGGGUCAUGCAGACCGUCUCCCUCUGCAGAUGGCCCUGACCGAGCUGGAGACCUUGGCUGAGAAACUCAAUGAAAAAAAGAGAGAAGCAGACCAGCGCUGCGAGAUCCGUCACAUUGCAAAGGCCAUGAAUGAACGCUACCUUAACAAGCUUCUGAGUAACGGUAGCCGCUACCUGAUUCGCUCAGACGACAUGGUGGAGACUGUUUACAAUGAGCGCGGGGAGAUCAUCAAAACAAAAGAGCGACGUCUCUUCCUGCUAAAUGAUGUGCUCAUGUGUGCCACGCCCAAUAUCCGAUGCCAGGAUGGCAGUGGUAGUGGCAGCGGAAAUGCUCCCCUCGACCAGAGGUUUCUCCUAAAGUGGAGCGUACCUUUGAGCUUUGUGGAAGUGCUGGAGUUUGGAUCCAGCGAGGAGAUGGUCGAUAACAGCCGAUACCCAGCUCCUCACUCCGGGGAGAAGGUGGUGAUCAACGCUAAGCCAAACAAACUUUACAUGGGCCCCGGUCAGCUGUACCAAGACCUGCAAAACCUAAUCCAUGAUCUGAGUUUGGUCAACCAGAUCGCUGGCAUGAUCGGCAGCCUGAAGGGCAACUACCAGAAUGUAAAUUCCACCGUGGCGCAGGACUGGGUUUCAGGUCUCCAGAGGCUAAUAUUGAAGAAGGAAGAAGAGAUCAGGGCAGCUGACCGGUGCAGGAUUCAACUCCAGCUGCCUGGCAAACAUGACAAGGCGGGUAAGCUGACAUACUUCAGCGCUGUCUUUAACACACUCGGCCCAGCCAUCAAGCAGUCAUGGAUCAGUAACCUGCAGAUGGCAAAGUUGGCUCUAGAGGAGGACAACCUGCAGGGCUGGUUCUUUGCAGAUGAUGACGGUAAUCAAAUCAAGAAGCAGAAACACCCCCUCUUGCUUCAACAGAUGCCUGUGGUAAUGUCAAAACUACAAGAGUUCAAGGUGGAAUGUGCCGUUCACAACCCAGAGCCCUACAUAAACACAGAAAGCACAGCCGACUCUCCUGUCGUUGGCCACGGAUGUGUCUGGGUUGCAAGUUGCACCAACCAGAUGGGCCAAAUAGCUAUAGUGGCUAUGCAGAACUCCAGCCCUAAAGUGACAGAGUGUUUCAAUCUGGAGUCUCGAAUCCUGUGUAUGGCUUACGUCCCUGCAGAACAACCUGGGGAGGACGGUGAAAAGCUCCCUGAGAGCAAUGAUGUCCCCGCUGCAAAAGCCACUGAUACCCCCACCGUCUGUUUAGGCAUGGAGGAGGGCAGCGUCAUUGUGUAUAAGAGCAGCCAGCGGUCCAAGAAAAUACGUCUGCAGCAUUUCUUCACCCCAGACAAGUCCACAGUCACCAGCCUGGUCUAUAAAAAGCCCUGUCUGUACGCUGGGCUGGUCAGCGGCUCCGUCGCCAUCUACUCCAAGUCACAAGAUGGUUCUUGGAGCUGUGAGAAGCCCAAGUUACUGAAGCUAGGAGUCCUUCCAGUUAAGGCCGUGCUGGCUGUGGAGGAUCAACUCUGGGCCUCUUCAGGUGGACAAGUUUUUAUCAUCAGCACCCACACACACUGUGUUGAGAGGCAGCUGGAGGCCCACCAGGAAGAGGGCAUGGUGGUGUCUCACAUGGUGGUGGCCGGCGUGGGCAUCUGGAUCGCGUUCAGCUCCGGUUCAACUCUGCGCCUCUUCCACACUGAGACCUUGGAGCACCUGCAGGAUAUAAACAUCGCCACAACCGUUAAUAAUAUCCUUCCUGGAAACCACAGAGUCUCUGUGAGCAGUCUGCUGGUGUGCCACGGCUUGCUACUAGUCGGGACUAACUUGGGAGUGACUGUGGCCCUUUCUGUCCCCAGACUUCAAGGGAUCCCCAAAGUAACAGGUCGAGGAAUGGUCUCACUACAUGCACACAACGGGCCCGUCAAGUUCCUCACCAUGGCUACAGCGGUGCGUAACUGGUUGCCUAGCCUGCCACCUUCCACCGCUUCAUCCUCGCUCCAACAGAUGGAGUCUGUGGAUGCGGAGCACGCCCAGCCUGUGUCAGAUAUAGCCUCCAGUCCUCCUCAGGGACGUGGGGUGUGGCUGGGAGAGGCGGGCUGCACCACCAUGGCUCUUCAGGACACUCUGUCCUCUUCUUCCUGCGCUUCCCUAGCUCCCUCCCAAGGUUCCUUGGAGCACGGCCCAGAGGACGGGGCCUUGUAUGAUUUGCUUCAUGACCCCGCCCAUCACCAGAGGGGGCGCCGCUCGAGCAAGGUGGAUGUCAGCUCUCUGCUAGUUGUGUCGGGAGGCCUGGGCCACCGCAGAGUCAACAAAAAGACCAAACCGUCUCGCCAGGAGGACAACACCUCCACCAUCAUGAUCUGGCAAAUCCCAUUACUGAACAUGUGACACCGGCACCCCACUGAUGUUAGUCUGAAUUACUGAAAACUUCACAAAACCUUCCUCAUACUUUCCUUUUUUGUGUGUGUUUUGCUUUUAAUGUUAAACCAAAUUGCCUGCAUACGGUCCUCACAUGGUGGUCUGCUAACAAUUCCUACUCUGUGUCGAUCGAACUGACUGAACGACCGAUUUUAUACCAAAAUGCUUCCUGCUAUAUUACCAGGAUGUUCCUGCCUUGAAAACAGGCUAUUAGUGAAACCACUUCAUUAUAAUUGGUGUUUGUGCAAACAACAUCUACAAACGGGUCAAAAAACUUACUGUGCCUUUCAAAAGUAUUUAUACCCUUGAAGGUUUUGCCAUACGUUGCCAUGUAACAAUCACAUGCUUUGAUUUUGUUUUUUUUGGUGAUAAACUCAAAGAAGCACACAGUUGGGAAGUAGAAAGAAAACAAUACAGGAGUUUCAACGUCUUUUACUAAAAAAAAAAAGGUCUGCACAGUUACAGCUGCAGGUUUUUUUAUGUCGUUUUUCUGCCAGUUUUGCAUAUCUAGAGACUAAACUUGCCUGUUUUUCUUUGCUAAGACCUUUCAACUCUGUCACAUUGGACUGAAGGCAUCGGUGUAAUUUUCACGUCCUGAUACAGAAUCUUGAUUUGUUUUUGGUCCUGGCUUUGAUUAGAUCUUUCUAGCGCAUGAAUAUGUUUUAAUCUGAACCAUUCCAUUGUGGCUCUGGCUGCAUGUUUCGGCUCAUUGUCCUGCUAGAAGGUGAACAUGUGCUCCACUCUGAAAUAUAACAGGUUUUCUUUGAGAUAUUCUCUGUUUUUAGCACCACUCAUCUUUCCAUCAACUCUAAACUGAUGCCAUGUUCCUGUUUCCUGAGGAAAAGCAUCCACACAGUAUGACUGCCUCCACCACGUUUCCAUCUUUCAACAAUGACUUUCCUCUUGCCGCUUUUAAUCGCCAGAUUUGUACACUACUAAUGUUUUUUUUUUUUCUGGUAACUGAUUUUCUCAUUUGAGCUUUGGAUCUCUGCAGCUCCUCCAUGCUUCCUGUAGGAAUCGUGGCAUAUUUUUCUGCCCGAUGAUUUUGGUUGAUAGCCACUUCUUGCUUGGUUUGCAGUUGUGCCAUACUCUCCAUCUUUGGAUGACGGAUUGAACGGUGGCAAUAAAAAAAUUGAUUUUGUUGCUGUAAUGAGACUGAAUAUGUGGGAAAAGUGCAAGGGUUAUAAAUACUUCUGCAAGGCACUACUGUAAAAAAGAGAAAAUACCUUGAAAAAAACUAAAAGGUCUCUAGUUUUAUAUGCUGUUUAAUGUUAUUCUAUGACGUGGCUAAGUCAUAAUUUUCCUGGAUGUAUGUGCUAGACUGCAGUAUUUAAAUCGGUGUUGAAAAGGAAAGGGUUAAGUAAUGACUGGUGCUCGGAGGGCGUGCAAGGUAAGAAUGGAGCUUUGAAAUGGCUUCAAACAUGGUUUAGAUCACCCAUAGGGAUCAGAGUUGUAAAUCUGAAGUGUAAUGAGUAUGGAUUAUGUGUGCAUGAGUUGAGAGUUCAGAGAGAGCUUAGACUUUUCUGUAAAUGGAGAAAAGGGAUUUAAGCAAAUUACAAACAAUGUCUUGAUGGCUGAAUUAUUUUCAGAAGGCCGCUGAGCGUCCCUGGCGGGCCAGGUUUCUGUUCACAAAGAGAGGGAGACAUGUCACCAAGAAGGUCUUUGAGGUUAUUUUUCUUUGGCAUUAAUGCAUGUUUGUUCCCCAUUUAUUUAAAAAAAAAAAAUUAUAAAUGGAUUUAUACUUUCAUCACGCUUGUAUGUACCAAUGUAUAUUAACAAUUCUAUAAACAAUGUUUUAUCCAGCAAA